GGAAACCCUAAUAAGCUAGAACUUUUCUUUUAAUGAGCAGGAUUCCAAGAAACAGGAUUUCCAAAUCGGGCAGCAGAAUGCUGUCCAUGACAUACAGUGAAAGCCUGAGAAGCGUGGCCAGCCGGUACCACUCGGACUGGGGUCUCCACCCGGUUCGCCAUACAGAUGUGGUGGAGCUGCAGCGGCUGCGAGAUGUCCGAGUGGCAGCACAGGCCAAAACCAUGGAAGAGUUUCUCAAAAUGCACGGGCUCUCGCUGGAGGAUUGCACAGCUCACAAGACGGGCAUGAGAUAUAGAAAUCUUGGGAAAUCGGGGUUGCGAGUGUCCUGCCUUGGCUUAGGAACAUGGGUGACGUUUGGAGGGCAGAUUACAGACGAGAUGGCAGAACAGCUGAUGACUUUAGCAUAUGACAAUGGCAUUAACCUGUUUGACACAGCAGAAGUCUAUGCUGCUGGGAAGGCUGAAGUUGUGUUGGGAAAUAUUAUUAAGAAGAAGGGUUGGAGGCGCUCUAGCCUGGUCAUCACAACCAAAAUCUUCUGGGGAGGAAAAGCAGAGACUGAGAGGGGACUCUCCAGAAAACACAUCAUAGAAGGUCUGAAGGCUUCCUUAGAACGGCUGCAGUUAGAGUACGUGGAUGUCGUGUUUGCUAACAGACCAGAUCCCAACACACCCAUGGAAGAGACGGUGAGAGCAAUGACCCAUGUUAUCAACCAGGGAAUGGCCAUGUACUGGGGAACGUCGCGCUGGAGCUCCAUGGAGAUCAUGGAAGCUUACUCAGUGGCACGGCAGUUUAACCUAAUCCCGCCGAUUUGUGAGCAAGCCGAGUACCAUAUGUUCCAGAGGGAGAAGGUGGAGGUGCAACUCCCUGAGCUCUUUCACAAGAUCGGGGUUGGCGCCAUGACCUGGUCCCCGCUGGCCUGUGGAAUUGUUUCUGGAAAAUAUGAUGGUGGAAUCCCCCCUUACUCUAGAGCAUCGCUGAAGGGAUACCAGUGGCUAAAAGACAAGAUCCUGAGCGAAGAGGGAAGAAGACAGCAAGCAAAGCUGAAGGAGCUGCAAGCCAUUGCAGAGCGCCUGGGAUGCACCCUGCCACAGCUCGCCAUCGCCUGGUGCCUGAGGAACGAAGGAGUCAGCUCAGUUUUGCUAGGCGCUUCCAAUGCAGACCAGUUAAUGGAGAAUAUCGGAGCAAUACAGGUUCUUCCAAAAUUGUCCUCUUCCAUUAUACACGAGAUUGAUAGUAUUUUGGGCAAUAAACCAUACAGCAAAAAGGACUACAGAUCCUAACUGUGCCUACUGUCCCCCUGGACUCACUCUCAACUCCUAGCCUUCUGUUUGCUUGCUUAAGCUUUACUGAAGCCAAGUGAAGAGUGUGAUUGGCAUCAAAAGAAUACAACAUGGCAAGAUGUGUUAGAGAAAUUGUUUAAAAUGUUGCUGCAAGAUGACAUAUGCUUAUUAUGUAACAUUUAUUUUGAAUGCAAGAAGAGUCACCGAUUGGGAAGGGUAUGCCAGAGCUGUGAUUUUACCCUAGAUGAUUGGCCUCUGUGCUUCCUUUUUUAAAAGAAGAAACUACUUUUUUCACAAACACACACAGAAUAUCAUUGCUUUUUGUUAAUUCCAGCUCCUAUACAAUGUGCUUGAAUAUUCAGAUCUGACACAUACACCAUUUAACUGGAAGAAUUAUAGUCUCUGUUCCAAAAGCAAUGCUGGCUUUACAAUGCUCUGGCUAAUGUGAGUGUGGAGGACUGUCUGUGGUAACCAUCUAGGCAUGUUAGAAACAGCUGUUUCGAGAGUACUGCUUGCAUCUCCUAACUGGUUCUGUUCUUCAGCUCGCUCUGUAUAGAUUUCUGUUGGAGAAGAUUGUAUUUUUUGAAGUAUUCAAAGUGAAUCAGCCAAGUUGUUGGCAAGCAGGUGUAAGAGUUCAUGCGCCACGAUUCGGUAGCCUCCCCAAGGCCCGCACUGGGACUGGGGGGGGGGGUUGUCAUGGUGCUUCUUUUAUUUUUCUGGUGCCUCCUGGUUGACCUUCCGAGGUGGUGUUGCUAAUCACCCAAGGCCUGAGCCCACUCAGUUCCAGUCAAGGGGCUUUCUCUCCCUAUGAACAGGCUAUGUUCUCAGCCCAAGCGCCUGUUGGCCUCAGUGGGCUUCCUGGGCGUUUUGCUGAGGACGGAGUGCAGGAUGCAGUUUGUGGCUUUGAACAGAAAUGGCGUGUUGGCAUUGAAGGCAUUCCAGUAAGACUCCCUCACCGUGCUAGUGCUUUUCUCUCUAGCGGGCCGUGCUAUUUUAACAUGAGCAUCUUGCUGGUUUCAUUAUUUCCUCUGUAAUUCACUCAGGUCUAGGUUCUCAAUUUAAACUGCAGAUUAGCUGUAAAUGUUUAGUCUUGUACAUGUAAAACAGUGUAACUGCUUAGUAUGACAGAGAGCAGAGACCUUCAAUUAAUCUGUCCAGGAAACAUUCGGCUUUAAUUUUAGAUGCUUGAUUUCCUUAACACCCAGAAUCUGAGAGAUUUCGUAAGCAACCUCUCGACCUGCCUGAGCCAGUCAUUCCUUUAAAAGGAGCAGGGCAGACAGGGAUUUAGUUUACAUGAGUUCCGAGGACAAUCAUGGAGCAUCGUUACCAACUGCACAUAAUAAAUGAUGGUAAUGAGCAAGGAUGUGGGACUAAGGAGUUCAACCCACCAGACUUGCGGCUGUGUCUGGUCUGUGGCCAGGUGCUGCUCAGUAAUGUGGAUACUGCACACGGGACUGAACGGCUAUAGUGCAUAUUUUUGAGAAUCUUUUGCCUUUGCAAACAAAAAAAAAAUAUUUUUUGUACGUUACAAAACCAUUAUUCUUGUUUCAUAUGCCUGACUUGUGUGGGCUGCUCCCUAAUAUGGUACCAAGUUUCCCCUAAAAUUUCAGACUGCAUUUGUAGGUACUUGCUUCAGUGCUGACAUAUGUGCACAGCUAUCACUGAGGGAAAUAUUCAGUUGAGCAGCAGAUAGCUUGGUCUCGCUUGCCAGAUGAAUUACUUUGGUAGACUGCUAGCGUCCCCAUUUCCAUUAAAGAUUAAUCUCAUCUUAAAAAGGAGGGGACUUUUUCAGGGAUUUAGACUAAUUGUUACAAUGUUGUGGAACCACUGAGUCAACUUGAUAUAACAGUCAAUAAAUACAUAUUCAUUUCCUGUCCUAAACUCAUAGGUAGCAUUGCUAGUGCUGUUAAACGGAUGCCACUUUUCACCCUAGAGGUGGCUGCGUUUCAUUGUUGGCUAUAGGGAUCCCUUUAGGAUGCUUCUGUAAAUAAGAUGCUAUAGGAUAAGCCAUUUCACACUAGGUGGUCUGAGAUGUAAAAGCCACAGAAGUUUGCAUUACUGUAGUAAUCGCAUACUUCAAUUUUUGGUAUAAUGUUGGCAGUAUUUUCUCAUAACUAUUGCAUAGAUAACAAGGGGGAUAGCUCUUGGGAACUUAGACUACAGAUAGGAUUCUGUUCCACCAUGUGGUUAGGUUUCUGCUAACCUUAGGGUGCAGAAUUAUUCCAGCACUUAUCUAAUAUGGAUUGUCCACAGAGAAGGCAGAGUAAUACUUAUGAACAAUGAUAAAGCAACUGUGGUGAGGAAUCAUUGUUCCCUGGCAGGGGUUAACGUUUUCCAGGACUCUGACUGCAUUUAUUUAGGUUUUACAAAUAUUAGUGCUUCUGUUCCGUUUUUUCUCUUUCCAGGGGCAGGUGUUCCCAGCACAGAGCACUUCCCCGGCAGCACUCUGGGAGCUGGGAACUUGCUCUGAAAAUGCCCUUGCAUUUCUUGAAUUAAUUGGCACUACCCAAGCAGUGCCUGUUUGGCAUUUGCGCAGAGAUUGUGUGUGUGUACGUGGGUCACACAAACCUCUCUAGCACAGCAGGAUCAGAGCACUGACCUAACCCACAAACAAAUCACCCACAUCUAUUGGCAGGGCUUGAUCUGGUUCCAUUAAGGCAUUUUAAAACAGCCCUUGGCUGUGUCCUCCCAACACCUUAGGUUACUGCAGUGGGAGGAGAACCAGCUACCUCAUGGAAAGCUGAUUUGCUCUGAACAUUUUUGUCUUGCUCCUUUUUAAAAGGCAUUUCUGCACCCCCCACUGGACUGGUCUCUUUGCAGCUGGUGGUGUGGGCUCGGGCUGUGUCAGCUCCGUGCCCAGUCCGGGGGUAGCGGCCUUGGCUCAAUCCCCAGUGCAGAUAAACAAGUUGUGAUUUGCACCAGUGCAGUUUAUUCCUGAUUGACUUUGCAAAUUAGAUUAUGAAUGACACCUGCUUGUGACGCUGCUGGUCUGCAGCAGGGGUCUGAAUCCCCAGCCCUGGCUGUAACCUCACUGGGGCCCAGAUACAGUGCAACCAAAGGGCCCUACGACUAACGUGCGCGAUGCCAUCUUGCCCAACCACUGCUGUUCCUGCUCCCCCAUCACCAUCCAGCCCCAGCCCCAGCCCUGUUGUAAUCAGUCCCUGGUUAUGGCCCAGAAUGCUGCUCUGAGGACUCCAAUCCCAGCGUCAGCAUCUGCUCUACCUGCCAUUUGUAUCUGCUCCAUAAAGCAUGGCAGGACUCAGGCCUGGGCUCCUGCUGGAAACGCAGACGCUGUUCACUGCAUUGGCGCUGCACUAGCAGAGAGGGCUGGGACCAGCAGGAGACUUGGGGCUUUUUUGGUUUGUAAAGAACCUGUUAUUUACUUCUUGGCAAUAACUAAGCCCCCGUGUGGCGUGGCCGAGUCUGAUACCAGACAAGAAACAAGGAGCUAAUGUUACACAAGUGUUGGUCAUGGCCAUUUCUUCCUCAGUCUGCGCACCCCGUACAGAGCCUGGCCACAUGCCGUGGCCGGCAGUCCUGCACAGCUGUGACCAGCCCAUUGUAUUCCAGGCCUCAAUACUGACUCCAGAGGCCACGCAGGGUCCUUCGGGCCCGGGUGUGAGCGAGUUGGUCACACGGGUUUUACCAAAUGCCUAACGCCAUCGUUACCUGCUGACAGCGCUGGGCCAGUGCGUCAGUCAGUGACGCUCGGCUCUGCACUUGCAUUUCAAGAACUGACUCAAGGGAUUGGCAGGACUGAUGACUGCAACCCUCCCCCCCACACCCCUGGUCCUUCUGCUCCCUGGGGCAUAGGAUGCCUGUUCCUAACCCAGUGUAAAUAUAUAUUUACACGGAAUGGGCGAGCCCGCUGCUGUGAGCAGGCGAAUAACCGUCUGGCUUAUGGGCCCUGCAAAAGGGCCCACUGCUUGGGUAUCGGCUGCCCUUUGGCGCGGUGAGUAGGCUAGUCAGGGAGUAAUUGCCUUUGAUGGUGGUGUGAAACCCCAAACACAUGCUGCAGGAAAGCGCAGGGUGUUGGUCUUGCUCCCCGGUGGCGGGGGGGGUUCAGGUCUCCCCAGCGUAAGGAAUGGGCAGAGAAAGUUCCCUGGCAGGGAGAGUGUAAGGUGGUGACUCAGCCUUGCCUACAAUUGCACAUUAGCGGCUGUUAUUUGUCUGGCUUGUCUAAUGUUACCUGCAGCCCCAGCGUCCCUAGGGGGCACGGUGUGGGGCUGCACCUGUUCAUGUGAACGUUACGAUGCAAAAUGAAAAUGGGGCAGGAACCACCCCCAGCCACCAACGCUUGCUCCUGUGGCCCUUGAGCCUCCCGUCCAGGAGCUGUUCAAGGACUUUUCCGGUCUGAGUCUCCAUGUCCUACCCCAGGGGGGUCUCUCUGGUUCCUGUGUACGAGGAGUGUAACGGGGGUGAGCAGGUGAGUUCUGGCUGUUGUGUGUGCUAAUGUGCUUUCGCGGCCUGGCAGCGAGACCUGCUAUUUACCAUGGAAAAUUCCGCUGCCCCCAGUAGCUUGUUAUUGUCCUGUCUGACAGUCAAUCCUUGUAUGUAAAUAAAGCGCUUUCUUUUUAUAUGUGUAUAUAGAGAGAGAGACGUAUCUAGGACUGUGAUUAUUACAUUAGCUCUAACUGCAUAACCGAUAGGCAAAGCCAGCUGCCUGCAUUGUGCUGCUGAAUGAUGAUUGCGACUGAUAUUCAGCUACUGUAUUUAUGGUAUGACAAAAUAAAAGGCCAGCCUGA